AUGGAGGCGACGUCGGCGUGCGGAAGAGCGACGACGACGACGACGACGACGACGACGCGCGCGAGCAAGGCGAACGAGAUGCGGCUGCUGUUAGAUUGCGCGAUGUUCGCGUGCACGACGGGGGUGAACAGACCGACGCCGGGAAUGGAGCUCAUGAAUUUGCGCCUGAGAGACGAGCGCGGCGACCAUGGCGCGGCGACGACGACGAUGAAGACCGGAGUCGAGGGACCGGGGCUGUCCAUCGCGCAACGAAUCGCGUAUGGACUCGCGACGUGCGUCGUCGGCUACGGGUGGGGAUUGUGGCAAAGGAAGAUGUUGCGCGAGCGAUACGACGAAGACGACGAAGACGACGAGGGCGGCGGCGGUUGGAAGUAUCGGGCGUGGAAGCUGUCGCAAACGGUCGAAAAUUGCUACACGAUGGCGAAUUUCGUCAACUUUUGCGUGUUUCUACGCAACGGUCGUUACCCAACGCUCUUGGAGCGCGCGCUGCGCGCGCGAUUAGUGUAUCAGCGACCGACGAUGGCUCGCGUCGUCGAUUUCGAGUACUUGAACCAACAGUUGGCGUGGCGAGAGCUUUCCGAGCUCGUGCUCUUCACGCUCCCAUAUUUGUACUCGACGCGCGUGCGGUCGACGCUCGGUGCGCUGACAUCACGCGUGGUCGCCGUGCAGGCGUACCGGUGCGUCGCGUGUGGGUGCCGAGAGCCGAUUCAUCCGUUCGUCGCCGAGCCGUGCGGUCAUCCGUACUGUUAUUACUGUCUUCGCGCUCGAUUGGUCGAGCAACCGACUAGUUGUGCGUGCGUCAAGUGCGGUAAACGCGUCGCGGAGAUGCGGCGGCUCGCGACGACGACGUCCUAG